UCCAGUCAGUUGCUCGCACACAUACAAGCAAACCUCUCUCUCCUCACUCAUCGCCUUCCUCCCUCCCCCUUCGUCGUCUUCAAUUCCUCCCCAAUUCGCCCCGCAUUCCCCUUCUGCUCGUGCUUCCAGCUCGCCGAUCGAUCUCCUUCCCCAUUUGGCCCUCCCCGGUGCGAAACCUACCCAGCCAGCGAACCGCCCACCCCACCUGCUCCCCAGGAAACGCGGACAAAGUGGGCGGGCAGGCUUCCAAGAACCGCCGCCGCGCACGUUCUCCUGCUCCGCUCCGUGCGCCUCACCUCCUUCCAGCGACCGAGGAGCGUCGCGGAUCGAGGCGCCAAGGACCGGAUCGGCGGGCCGAUGAAGCCCGCCGCCAGGAAGGACGCCGGCGCCGCCGCCGGCGUGGCCGCAUUCGGCGUCUCCUGCUUCGACAUCAAGUCCUUCGUCGCCUCCCUCGCGCUGCUCACGCUCGUCAUGGCGCUCUGGCAGCUCCACCCGUACCAGCCGCUCCUCUCCACCUCCCGUUCCUCCUCCUGCCCCCUCCUCCCCAGCCAGCCCAUCUCAGCAUCCUCCCGCGCCGCCACCGCCGCAGCAUUGCCCACCGCCAACUCCACCACCGCCGACGCCGCUGACACCAAGACGGCCCCUUCGACCGUUCCCGCCGCCACGGCGACGAAGCCGGAUGCGGCCGUGCUGCCGGCGGCCCGGCCGCGGGACCCCAACAAGCGGGACCUCCGGCCGUACGGCAGCGCGGCGGCGCUAUUCGUCCAGAUGGGCGCGUACCGGGGUGGGCCUCGCACCUUCGCCGUCGUCGGGCUCGCCUCCAAGCCGGCGCACGUCUUCGGCACCCCCUACUUCAAGUGCGAGUGGGUGCCCAACCUGGACCCGUCGUCGCCGGCGCCGCCGCGGCCCGUCCGGACCAAGGCCUACAAGAUGCUCCCGGACUGGGGGUACGGCCGCAUCUACACCGUCGUCGUCGUCAACUGCACAUUCCCCACCAACCCCAACGCCGGCAACCGCGGCGGGAAGCUUCUCGUCCACGCCUACUACUCCACUGCCUCCCGCCGCUACGAGCGCUUCGUCGCGCUCGAGGAGGCGCCGGGCUCCUACGACGAGUCCCGCUUCCGGCCGCCAUUCCCCUACGAGUACCUCUACUGCGGCUCCUCGCUCUACGGUAACCUCAGCGCCGCCCGCAUGAGGGAGUGGCUCGCCUACCAUGCCCAUUUCUUUGGGCCCAGCUCGCACUUCGUGCUCCAUGACGCCGGCGGCGUCAGCCCGGAGGUCUGGGCGGUGCUCGAUCCAUGGCGGUACCGGCACGCCGCGAAUUGGACCUUCUUCUUCGACGUCGACGAGUACAUCUACCUCCCCGACGGCCGGACGCUGCAGGAGGUGCUCGGGCAGCUGGAGCGCUACACGCAGUUUACCAUUGAGCAGAAUCCCAUGUCUAGCAAGCUCUGCGUGGAGGAUCCAAACAAGGAAUACUCGAGGGAAUGGGGUUUUGAGAAACUUGUCUUCCGUAAUUCUAUUACUGGAGUCAGGCGAGAUCGCAAAUACGCAAUCCAAGCUCGGAACGCAUACUCCACAGGUGUGCACAUGUCGCAAAAUGUAAUUGGGAGGACAAGCCACAAGACGGAAAGGUUGAUCCGAUACUACCACUAUCACAACUCGAUCAACAUCAUGGGGGAACCCUGCAGGGAAUUUGUGCAAAAACCGACUAACGGGAGCAAGGUAAUGUUUGAGGGAAUACCAUAUGUCUACGAUGACAACAUGAAACGUCUAACAGUGGAAAUUAAGCGUUUCGAGGAAGAGACAAUCGGGGCCAUCCAUACAUAGCACUUGUGCAUGAACACUGCCGGUACAUAUACAGUUCUAUUAUUUAGGAUACCUUGAGCCUUUGUCCAUGCACUCCCCAUGGUUCCCAUCUUGUGUGCUUUGAGCUGCUAUUCCAACAAAUAGAGGGAAAGAAUCUGAUUUCAGGGUUGAAUUAGUGUAAAGUUUUGGUUUUCCUCAAUAUCCUCCGUUCCGUUGGGCUCAAUGCUUUUCUUCUGUCUUUGAUGUUGUUUUCCAUAUCUCUUUAUAGAUUUGUGUAGACUGACAGUGUUGGGCUUUAUCAGAUUCUUCUGAACUCCUAUAGGGGGCAGUGUAAUGUGACUGAUUAUUUAACUUAUCUCCCUGUAUGAAUGGACUGUUUCUUCCCAAA